AUGGAGUCGGAGACCAUGCGGCGUAUGUUCUCUGGCGAACUCGGCCCAGAUCGCGACUUCUUCAUCUACAGCCGCCACUUCAAUCCGACGGUUCUCAACCUUGCACGCCAGAUGGCGGCUCUGGAGGGCACCGAAGCCGCCUACUGCACCUCCAGUGGCAUGUCCCCCGUAUCGUCGAUGCUGUUGCAACUCUACAGCAGCGGCGGACACGUGGUGGCUUCUCAGACACUGUAUGGUGGGACCCACGCACUUCUUACCCAUUUCUUCCCACGCGCUUGCAACAUAACGACGACGUUUGUGGAUCUGAGGGACUUGGAAAUGGUUAAGGAAGCCAUCGUUCGAGGAAAGACCAAGGUGUUGUACGCCAACAGUGCUCAAAAGAAAAAUAGAGGGAUCCGUUUUUCACUUGGUGAUUGUGAGGAGGAGGAGGCAAUCUCUGAAUCGGUGUUGAAAAAUCCGAGUAGAAAUGGGCACAAGAUCGACGUGAACAAUGGGCACAAGAUCCACGUGAACAGUACUGAAUUCGUUUCUGAUUUUGGUUCUGAUUUCGGGCAGAUCGAAAUCAGAGUACAAGACGACGAUGAAGGAAUCCGGCAAAUCGUUUCGAUUAUUGGUGAAACCAGUGUGGAACCAGAAUUGUGGAACCAGAACUGA